GUUCAACGUCGAUAAUUAAGAAUUUUCCAAUGGUGUUGUACUGUUUCAACUUCCAAUAAAGUUAACACCUGCAUCAACAUCUCACUCAGUUAAUGAUAUGUUUUAGAAAUGGCGGUCAUGGAAAGUUUCUUCCUCUUCCUAUUUCAAGGACUCGCCAUCCUUUUUGCUAAAGAAGACUCGACGCAUUCUCGUUCAGCGUUAUUCGCCACUAAGGAGAGCAAGCGCCUUGAUGGUAAUGCUGUGAAACAGUUUCGAUCUCCCACUCAAAUAUCAUGCAGUCUUUCAUGCCUCAAAAACUCCUGGUGUACUUCAACAAACUUCGAAGAACCAUCCAAAAAGGACGAUAAAGGAACUUGUGAACUGAACAGGCAUGGGAUCCUCGACGGAAAUGCCCAGUUUUCUGAUCAAAAAGGCUUCAUUUUUUCUAUGAUGCUCAAGGGAUGUCUCAUGACAGGCUGUCGUAAUGGUGGUUCUUGUUUGUUUCACGAGAAGAACCAAACGUUUUCAUGUUCCUGCAUACAUCCGUGGACCGGAGAUGACUGUCAAAUUAUUG